AUGUUAGACAGCUAUGUGCUCUCACUCUUCUCUCCGGAUCAUCUGUGGUUGCUUGGCGUGUUGCCUGUAUUGUUCUUCGUAGCACAGCUCACUUUCAAAGAAGUAUACCUUUCUUUCAAGUGCAGGCACAUUCCUUGCCCCUCUGGGAGGAUUCCAUUCCUAGGCCACGCAUUGAAACUGCUGCAAGGGAAUGUCUGGGACACCUUCAGAGCCCUGUCAGCAGAGCACGGCAACUUCUUCCGCAUGCAUGUGCUUGGACGAGUCUACAUCGUGAUGGCUGACCCUGCAUUUGCUCGACAUGUGCUUCAAACCAAGGCAAAGAACUACCGGAAAGACCCGGGGACCUACAAAGUCUUUGACUGUCUUCUUGGAACUGGGAUCGUCACUAGCGAAGGGGAGCGCUGGCACAGGCUUAGGCGAGAGCUCGCGCCAACCUUCAAACUUGAAAUCUUGGAGGAGGUUGCCAGUGCCGCAUUAGAGAUAACGAGAAACCUCUUUCAGACAUUGGAUGCAGCAGCAGAGAGUGGGGCUGCAGUGGACAUGGCAGAGAUAUUCAGAAAAUUGACACUGCAAGUGAUUUCUCUCGCUGUUCUGGGAGUUGAGCCUGCAGAGAGCGAUCGAGAGAUUUCAAACCUAUACCUUCCCAUCAUCGAUGAAUGCAACGACAGAAUUUGGUAUCCCUACCGCAUGUAUCUUCCGACAAACGCAUGGUGGAGGCACAGAUCGCUGGUCAAACAACUUAACGAUUAUCUCGUGGCAAAAAUCAAUGAUCGUUGGCAAUCCAUGGCGAAUGCUAAGGAAAAGAACUCUCCAAAAUAUAUACUGGAUCGAAUUUUAUCAGGCAUGACAUGCCAGUUUUUUCAAAAAGACGGCAUACAAGACCUGCGGGAUGGAUUGAAAACAUUUUUGUUUGCUGGACAUGACACCACAGCGUGCAUGCUUACUUGGACCCUGUGGGAAGUGAUGAAAAGUGAACAAACCAGGCAGAAACUUUACAACGAAUCGAAGUCGCUUUUCCCGAAAGAUGAUACGCGUCCUUCUUAUGACGAAUUGCAAAAUUCCUUGCCAUUCACCUUCAACGUUUUGAGAGAAACUUUGCGACUUCAUCCUCCAGUCCCGGUCAUUACUAGAGAGGUGGUCCAACCCGAUGUUGUUGGAGACGUCAGCAUCCCUCAGGGGGCUGUGGCUCUGAUAUGCAUGGAUGGAAUACACAAACGGCAGGAUCUUUGGCCCAACGUUCACGUCCUCGACACGCCUUCGCCUCAGCUGGGCCUCGGAGAAGGUGUUGACCCUUGGGCUUUUCUCCCUUUCAUCAACGGACCUCGCAACUGUCUCGGCCAACACUUCUCGCUUCUUGAGUCAAGGAUCGUAUUGGGACUUCUCUUCUCGAGAUACAAGUUCUCACCAGCGCAAGGUCAAGACGACAAGUCGCAUCCAUACAAGAUUCCCAUCACUCCCGUCAAUGGCAUGUGGGUGUCUGGCGCUUCAACGACCUGCGUUUUUAAUCAACAUUUACAGGUUUUGCCAUGUGACGAAGAUCUAAGCGUGUGGACCCCAUUUGUCUUCUUGUUAUUAAACUGCUUCUGGAGUCUGUGUCACGGUUAG